AUGAGCUGUCUCAGAAAUGGAUUAAAACACAGAACAAUUCGCAUGGAUUUCUGCGUUGUUUUUUGGAUGUUUUGACAGUGGAAUAUGGCAGAAAUGGUCGAAACAGCAUAUCUGUCGUGGAUUAUUUUUGCUUGGGCUUGGUGUCUUCUCAGCAUAGUGAAUGGGCAGGUUGUGUACUCCGUAUCGGAGGAGAGCAAUCCGGGGACAACGGUGGGUCAUUUAGCCAAAGAUUUGAACCUCAAUGUACAAGACUUGGAGCUCCGGGGAUUUCAGCUUGUUUCGGGACCUAAUACAAGGUAUUUCGAUUUAAAUAUGAAAACUGGAGUUCUUCAUAUUAAAGACAGAUUAGACCGUGAAGAGCUGUGUGGACGGACUUCGAAAUGUGCCUUGGAAUUAGAGGCUAUUGUUAAUUCACCGUUGAAUAUGUAUCGUUUUGAGGUGAAUGUGUUAGACAUAAAUGACCACGCGCCAACAUUUCGCUCUGCAAAAAGAGAACUGAAUAUUUCUGAAUCUGCUACUCUUGGAGACAGAUUUGCAUUACCGAGUGCGUAUGAUCCUGAUGUGGGCAGUAACUCGGUAAAGAGCUACAAGCUGAGCCCGAAUGAACACUUCUCUCUGGAUGUACAGAGCGGAGGAGAGCAGAGUGUAUCUGCUGAGUUGGUGCUGCAGAAAGCUUUAGACCGAGAGAAACAGCCUGUGGUCCAGCUCAUACUGACCGCUGUAGACGGAGGGAAACCUCCCAGAUCAGGGACUUUAAAUAUAAAAGUAAAUGUAAUGGAUGUGAAUGAUAACACCCCCGUGUGCGAUAAACCACUUUAUAAGGCUCGAAUUUCGGAAAAUUCACCAUCUGGCACAUCUGUUAUUACAGUUCAUGCGAAUGAUGCGGAUGACGGGCCGAAUGGAGAAAUUGUUUAUUCGUUCGUAAAUCACGAUAAUGACGGAAUAAUUGAUUCUUUCGCCAUUAAUUCUGAAAGCGGUGAAAUCACAGUGAAGGGAGAGCUGGACCACGAGAUAAACAGUGCAGCUGAAAUACGAGUCCAGGCAAAAGACAAAGGGCCAAAUCCGAGGUCAGCGUUUUGCAAAAUACUAGUUGAAAUACUUGAUGUCAAUGAUAAUUAUCCAGAAAUAUCUGUAACAUCACUAGUUAACGUCGUUACAGAAGAUUCGCCAGACGGAACAAUGGUCGGUUUACUAACAGUCAAAGAUAAGGAUGCCAAUAAAAACGGUGCUGCCAUGCUAAAGUUAGAAGGAUCUGUACCUUUUACUCUACAGAAUACCUAUAAAAAUAGAUAUUCUUUAACUGUGAAAGGACAUCUAGACAGAGAAACGGUGGCUCAAUAUAAUAUCACUAUUAUAGCGAAUGAUGAAGGGACCCCACCUCUCUCCAGCUCCUCUGUACUUACUGUUCAAGUUUCUGAUGUGAAUGACAACCCGCCGCGCUUUCCAGAGCCCGUCAUUAAUGUUUAUGUGAAAGAAAACAGUCAGAUAGGAGCUGUAAUUCAUACAGUAUCUGCUUUUGAUCCUGAUGUAGGUGACAAUGCCAGAAUAACAUAUUCGUUGCUAGAAAACUCUAAAAGCACCUCAGUUUCAUCUCUGGUGAACAUAAACUCUGACAGUGGAGAUAUUCACAGUUUACAGUCUUUUAACUAUGAAGAGAUGAAAACGUUUCAGUUUAAAGUUCAGGCCACAGACUCUGGAGCUCCUCCACUGAGCAGUAACGUGAGUGUGAACGUUUUUAUCCUGGAUGAGAAUGACAACAGUCCCGGGAUUCUCGCGCCCUAUUCUGAGCACGGCUCCGUUAACACCGAGAACAUUCCCUAUUCUGCUGAAGCGGGCUACUUUGUGGCCAAGAUCAGAGCUGUAGACGCGGAUUCCGGUUAUAACGCGCUGCUUUCUUAUCACAUCUCUGAACCCAAAGGAAACAACCUGUUCCGGAUCGGAAGCAGCAGCGGGGAGAUCAGGACUAAGAGGAGAAUGAGUGACAAUGACCUGAAAACCCACCCGCUGGUCAUUGUGGUCUCUGAUAGCGGAGAGCCCUCACUGUCAGCCACUGUGUCUAUUGAUGUUGUGGUGGUCGAAAGCACAGGUGACAUCCAGACUCAGUUCAAACACGCUCCGAUAAAGGAGGAGAGCUUCUCGGAUCUAAACCUGUAUCUGCUGAUCGCCAUUGUGUCGGUUUCAGUCAUCUUUUUACUGAGCCUCAUCAGUUUUAAUAGCAGUAAAAUGCUGCAGGACAGACGGCAGUUUCAGCAGGUACAGCGCCCCAGUGAUCACCACACACCCUGAUGGGAGCUGGUCUUACUCCAAAUCCACUCAGCAGUACGACGUGUGUUUUAGCUCCGACACUCUGAAGAGUGACGUAGUGGUUUUCCCUGCGCCAUUUCCGCCUGCAGAUGCGGAACUGAUCAGUAUUAAUGGAGGAGA